AUGACUACUGUUCGUUCAAUUAUUCAAAAGCUUCAAGCUUACAAUGAAGAUGAUAUAAUUGAAGACUUGUUAGAUAACUCAAAAGUAAGAGAAUAAAAAAUACUACAAGAACAUAACUAAUAUAUUUUCAAGUUUAUACAGGAGAUUACAGAAUUGAUAAAAUUGUUGCCAAAGGCAAGAACUGUUAUAUCUAAAAUCAUACUCAAUUCAAAACUACCAAGAAAAAAAGAUGCGGACCAAAUUUUGAAAUUAAUUCGAAAGGUUACGAACAUCGAACUGCCCAGUGAAGUUCUGGAAAAAUACAAAGAAUGCCAACAAUACCCGUUUAAAUUCUGGUCCUGGGCAGGAAUCCAAUUCGAUCUUACAGCAGAUAAAAUUGAACCGAUUGAAUUCUUUUUUCGUAGAGUGUAUUUAGGUAUCAAUCAGCUUGAAACCCAGCGUGCAUGGGAUACUAUCAUCUGGAGAUUCCUUACGCUUUUCUUUCACGACCUUGUAGUGAUUUUGAACAGAAAAAUUCUCACGGAAUCAUUGGAAAACCAGCUUGUUGACAUCCUCUGCUCCGUGACGGCAAUACAGGAUACGACAAUAAAAAUACGGGAGAAUCUCAGACGUUGGGUUGCUGCUGGAUUUCGCUAUUCCCAACUAUCGGAUUCGUUGGGUUAUGGAGCUCCAUUUCUACUACCAUUGAGUAUAACAGAUAAUACGUGAGUAACAUUUCCUUCUAAAAUCGAAGCUUUCUUACAUUUUUAGAUGGGAAAAAAGAUUGCCUAUUAAAGGUCCUAUUUACGAAAGUGCUAUCGAACAUCUUGAAUCUAAAUGCUUCCGCGAGAAGUCGAUGAAUCUUGGUGCUGAUACUCUUGGAGCGGAGAUUCGAGAAGCUAUACUCAAACCAUUUCGAUGGAAUCUCUCAACCUUCAAACAAAACACGCACUCAAGUUUGUAUCGGGAUCUGACCGUUACUGGAGGUAGCACGGGUUUACGUGAAGAUAGUGGUGCUGAAGCAGGACCGAGUACUUUUCGCAGCAAUCACAAUUCGAUAGAUACGCAAUUGAAUCUAGCAGAGCCUAUACAGAGCCAGCAGUUGUCAUCGAUUGGAAAUUCAUCACUUCAAAGCACUAAUGAGGUAGUGUUCAAUGAGUCUGAGCACAAUGUUAUCGCUGGUGAAUUGUCGGAAAUUAGAAGCGGAAGGAUGAAGAGAGGUUUGGGAUCACAGACCGAAGCGUAUGACCUGCCUAGCAAACGAAGGCGCAUUGAUUCACUUUCAAAUCCUGAUUCAUCCCUCCCUCAUUUAUCAAGUGGAAUCACAUAUAAUCAACACGGAGGAGCGAUGGAAACACCUACUUCGGGCAAUGUGAAUGUCAAUAAAGGUAUAUUCACAGCAGAAUUUGCUGAUAUGAACAAGCUUGAAAGUAUUCUUGGUAGUUACCUGUUAAAAGGCAUUGAUGCAUCUCAUAAGAGACAGAAAGAGGGCAAAAGAUUCACCGAGACUGUACGUUUGCACCUUACCCUUCCAAAAAAGGAUUGCAGGUUGGAGAUCUGGAUAUGUUCAUCGGUCGGGAAAGCUAUUUCCGAAACAGCUAUAGAAUCGGUUGAAGACUGGAAGAACAUACUUGGGAACUAUCUCUUCGAGGGUAUGAACGCUAGCAAUUUGAGAAUGGGAGAGGUUGAAACCGGGAUGCUAUUACACACUCGCGCUAUCCAUAUAUCAUCUUCUGAUAGCAGCGAUAACUGCGAUUACAAAGUCGAAGUGACAUUGAGUUUCGAGAAAGGUAAUGAGAUCUACAAGCAUGUAUAUCCCCAAUAG